AAGGAAGAGGCAGCUCGCCUCCGCGGACGAGGGCUGCUCGCCGGCGAACAGAAACCGCCUGGAGUGACCCAAAAGCUGCGGGAAUGGCCUCUCAUCCCGUGAUCAUGAUCCAGCCUCAGUUCUCAGGUCCUCCACGGGCGAGCGAGUGGCAGACGGGCUUGCUGGACUGCUGCUCCGACUUGGGCGUGUGCAUAUGCGGCGCCUUCUGCUUCGUUUGCCUGGGAUGCCAGGUGGCCGGGGACAUGGACGAGUGCUGCUUGUGCGGCCCAACGGUGGCGAUGAGGACGCUCUACCGCACCAGAUACAACAUCCCGGGGUCCCUUCUGAACGACUACCUCAGCGUCCUGUGCUGUCCCUCUUGCGCUCUGUGUCAGCUGAAGAGAGAUAUCAACAAGAGGAAAGUGCAGGGCAUUUUCUGAUCGGCGCCGGGCUCUGACGCUCCUGGGCCCGUCCCGUGGUGGAUGCUGCCAGCCUCGCUGCCUGCCGCAGAGCCACGAAACACCAGAGCCGCCGGCUGCGCCCUCAGCUUGGAGCCGUGCCACGGACGCUUCCGCUUGGUUGUUGCUGAUUGCUCCCUUCCUUGCUUUAAUCGUCAAUAAAAUGCGAUGCCGCCGUUCACCUGCAGCACGUGCCUUCUUUACUCUUGGUUUCUCUCU